GCUAUAUAAACAAAGGUUCUUCCCGGCCUAUUUUUCUCGCCCCAAUUAACUAAAUACAAACAAGUUGAGAAGCAAUGACAAGCGUAGUGUUGUGUCUCCUCUUCAUUACGUUAAUCUCCCAAGCAUCAUUAUCAUCAGCAUCAUCAACAUGCAACCAAGAGGACAAAAGAGUCCUUCUCCAAAUCAAGAAAGAAGCAAACAACCCAUCUUUUCUUUCGUCAUGGAGCCCACACACAGAUUGCUGCGACAUGUCAUGGAGUGGCGUGAGUUGCGGUUACAAAACGAACCGAGUGCAGUACAUCACCCUGAUCGGCAACCUCGCCGACCGCCAUGCCUUUCAGAUUCCGCCUUCCUUCGGCAACCUUCCACGCUUGGAACGCCUCUUUCUGUUCGGGUUCCCGAACCUGACUGGCCCGAUCCCUGAAUCCAUCUCAAAGCUCACAAAUCUCAUGUUCCUUACCAUAUCCGACACCGCCAUCUCUGGUCCAAUACCAAGCUCCUUGGGCAAACUCAAGAACCUGGUAGACUUGGACCUCUCCUUCAACAAACUCUCUGGGACACUCCCUCCUUCUCUCUCUCAGUUGCAUCUUCUCACGAGGAUGGAUUUUGACAACAACAAGCUUACAGGUACAAUCCCUGAUUCAUAUGGCUCCCUAAAGAAUGUGUUCACUCUGGCCCUAUCGCAUAACCAGCUCUCAGGGAGAAUCCCAGAUUCCUUAGGAAAGAUGAACAACUUGUACUAUGUUGGUUUGUCACAAAAUAGGCUUGAAGGUGAUGCAUACAUGCUUUUUGGGUCCAACAAAGGGACAGUUAGAAUGUUUCUCUCGAGGAAUAUGUUGGAGUUCGACCUUGGAAGAGUAGAAUUACCUGUGAAUAUGACAACAUUAGACGUGAGUCACAAUCGAAUUUACGGAAAACUCCCUAUUGGAGUGCAGAAUUUGGAGUCGUUGAAUGUGAGCUACAAUAGACUAUGUGGUGAGAUUCCAAAGGGAGGAAAUUUGCAGAGCUUUAAUGUGUCUUCAUACUCCCAUAAUGCGUGCUUGUGUGGGGUUCCACUUCCAAGUUGCAAGUGAACAAUGUUUGUUACAAAGGGAUGUAAGCUCUAGUUAAUUCAUUUCAUAUGCUCUUGAGAGAUUCAUGAUAUCCAUUGUGCUUUUCAAUUUUUUUUUUUUUUUUGUAAUUUCCUUUUUAUUUUCAAAUGGAUGGAGAUAAUUAUGUAAGUUUUAAUAAUGGUCACCAAUUGAUGGUAACUUUGAAUAACUGA